AUGGAAACAGAGACUGCUACUUUUGCUUUUGGCCAAAAUCUCAGGAAUUAUGCUAACGUUAGUACCAACAGAAAUCCAGCAGAUAUCCUGUAUAGUGAUCAGGGAGCGGCGACCGAAGGAGUGUUUCGGUUCACAGCCUGCCUGCCGCCAACAAAGGAUGGUGGCGUCGGUGGAAAUACGACUCGACGGUCAGCCGAGGCCGCUAUUGAUGUCACCGCGACUUCAGUCCCCAGCACCAGCCGCAGCCCUAGCCCUGAGCCCAAUCGUGCUAAUACCGUUUCAAUCCAUGGAGAUAACACGGUGAAUAAAUUCGAUGGCGAUAAUCAUGCGGGCAAUUACUUUUUUGAACGUGAAUUGCUACCGAAAGGGAAUUUAAAGGAAGAGGGAGGGAUGGUGAUGAUGGGCAGAAGGGUAUUCUGGACGGUGGUCCUGGCCGUGGCCCUGGCAGCCGUUGCUGUGGCGGCCGUGGAUAAUAAGAACAAUGAGAAGGAAGGCUCGGAAUCGUGGACCGGAUGGGCCAAAGACAAGAUCUCGGAAGGCCUUGGCUUUAAGGAAUCUGAUGAUGCUAAUUCGGAUGUUGCCAAGAAGAGCAAGGACAAGAUUACUGAUACAGCCACUGGAGCCGGAGAAUUUGCGGGCAACAUCAAGGAUAGAGCAGCCGAAAAAGCACGGGAGGCCAAAGACAAGGCUGCGGAAGCCACGGAGGAGGCAAAACGUAAGGCCUCGGAAAAAGCAGCGGAGGUGAAAGACAAGGCCACGGAGGCCACGGAGGAGGCAAAGAAAAAGGCUUCCGAAAAAGCAGGGGAAGCCCAAGAAGAGGCCCAAGAGCACGCGGGUCGGGCCAAGGAGAAGGCUGAGGAGGAAGCGGGUCGGGCCAAGGAGAAGGCAGAAGAGCACGCGGGUUGGGCCAAGGAGAAGACCCGGCAAGGAUACGAGGCAGCUAAGGAGAAAGCAGAGGAGGCUUACGAGUCGGCUAAGGAUAAGGUGGCCUCAAACCUUGAGGCGGCUAAAGAAAAGUCCAAGGAGAUUAAAGACAACGUUGUAAAUGGUCAUGAUAUUACCCGUGAUGAAGAGCUUUGAGGAAUUUGUUUGGUUUGGUUGGUCAGUCGAGUUGCUUGUCUUGCUUUACCUGUUUAGUUUGGUUAAUUAUGCUUUUGAGUUUUUGCGUUUAGUGUCCUGUCCUGGCUUGUGUGUGUAAGGAUGUGAUAAUGUUGUCUCCGUCGUAUUUUUGCAUAUUGUAUAAUUAAUAAAUCAAUAGUCACGAACUUCAUAAUAUUAUGGUGUUAUCUUCUCUAA